CUCAGUCCCAUCUCUCUCUGGGACUAAACAAUAAAUUUGUUUCAGAAAACCAGAGAAUUGUGCCGCUGACAUGUCGGUUACAAUGCGAAUUUUUACUGCAUCGCGCAAUGGUAAGCGCAUGUUCAGUACGACUGGUGCUCGCAUGUUGGCCGCCAAAAAGCCUGAAGCCAAAGACAUUGUCGAGGUGCCAAAGGGAUAUGUGUACGUAAACAACAAAGAGAUCAGCAUGGAGCUGGAUGCAAUCACAGAUCGUGCAGCAACCACCAUGUUUUUCGGUGAGCUGUUCCGCGGCUUUGGUGUCACACUGGCACACAUCUUUAAGGAGCCGGCUACCAUAAAUUAUCCCUUUGAGAAGGGACCCUUAAGUCCCCGUUUCCGUGGAGAGCACGCCUUGCGUCGUUAUCCAAGUGGUGAGGAGCGUUGCAUCGCCUGCAAGCUGUGCGAAGCCAUUUGUCCCGCCCAGGCUAUUACCAUUGAGGCUGAGGAGCGCGCUGAUGGAAGCAGACGCACCACUCGCUACGAUAUUGACAUGACCAAGUGCAUAUAUUGCGGUUUUUGCCAGGAAGCGUGCCCUGUCGAUGCUAUUGUGGAGGGUCCCAACUUUGAAUUCUCCACAGAGACGCACGAGGAGUUGCUCUACAAUAAGGAGAAAUUGCUAUGCAAUGGCGAUAAGUGGGAGUCGGAGAUUGCAUCCAAUCUGCAGGCUGACCAUUUGUACCGUUAAAUUUUGUUAAAAUAGAAUACUUGUUUAGAAUGAAUAAUCAAUUAAAAUAUGUUCCAUUGGCUGCAUAAAAAUAACGUGAUAAUAAUACACGUAUGAAUAUGUAAA